GGCGGCGGCGUUAAGGGCCGGGGCGGCCGCACUUGUUGCGGGGCCGGCGGUGCUGGCUGCUCGGCGGCUGGGCACGCCCCGGGGCUAGGGAGAGACAGCGGGACCGGCCGCUGCUGCCGGCGCCAUGGGCCGGUACUCGGGGAAGACGUGUCGCCUCAUCUUCAUGCUGGUGCUGACCGGCGGCUUCUUUGUGGCCGAGCUGGUGUCGGGCUACCUGGGCAACUCCAUCGCGCUGGUGUCCGACUCCUUCAACAUGCUCUCGGACAUCAUCUCGCUCUGCGUGGGGCUCUCCACAGGGCGCAUCGCCCGGCGCAGCAGCCGCGGCCCCCGCGCCACCUACGGCUACAGCCGCGCCGAGGCGGUGGGAGCCCUGUGCAACGCCGUCUUCCUCACCGCCCUCUGCUUCACCAUCUUCGUGGAGGCCAUCCUCCGCCUCGCCCGGCCCGAGCCCAUCGACGACGCCCAGCUGGUGCUCAUCGUCGGCACCCUCGGCCUCGCCGUCAACCUCGUGGGGCUCCUCGUCUUCCAGGACUGGGGGGGCGCCUGUUGCCGCCGCCGCCGCCCGCCCGACCCACCGUCCGCCGCCGCCACGACGGGGGAGGCGGAUGAAGCAGGUGAUUCACCAAAUGACCAAAAAAGCCCUGAAGAGGGGUCUGAGAAGAAAAAAGAGAAAAAGUCUGAAGCCUUGAACAUCAGAGGUGUUCUUUUGCAUGUUAUGGGAGAUGCACUUGGAUCUGUGGUCGUGGUAGUUGCUGCUACAAUCUUCCAUGUGCUCCCUCUGGGGAAUGCUCCGUGUAACUGGCAGUGCUACAUUGACCCAAGCCUGACAAUAAUUAUGGUGUUCAUCAUCUUGUCUUCUGCAUUCCCACUUAUCAAGGAGACCUCAAUUAUUUUGUUGCAGAUGGUUCCCAAAGGUGUUAAUAUGCAACUACUGACUGACAGACUAUCUCUUGUACCAGGGGUUAGCAGCCUUCACGAGGUGCAUGUUUGGGAGCUCUCAGGUGGGAAGAAUAUCGCUACUCUUCAUGUCAAGUGCCAAACCCCUACUGAUUAUCAAGAUGCUGCUUAUAAAAUACGGAAGGUUUUCCAUGAAGCAGGGAUCCAUUCGGUGACCAUCCAGCCUGAGUACAUUGACCACAAGACCUCCCAGCUCCUGUGCAGCUCCCCUUGCAUCUCAACAGCUUGUGACUCUCAGCUGUGCUGCAGCCAGCGGGAGCCCCCCCUGGCUAAAACUAACGGCUAUGCUGAGAAAAACAACAGUUGCUUUUCUGCACUGCAUAAAGACGAUGGUUCGAGUAAAAAUGAUAUUGAAAUCCCUAUCGAGUACCCAGGGGCAGAGGAUAGUGUUAAAAACGUGAAAAAUUGUGAUGUGUCUGCUGACAAAACACGGUUGGGCAGUACACGACUUUAGGCAGUUCCCUCUACUCUGCGUAAUGUUUUCAUAGAACAAAUGUGUCUGGGCUAGGAAGGGGGGUCAUCAGUGGUCAUGGCUGAAGUUGGUGUGGCAAAAAGAUUUCUGUGCUUUAGCUGUAAACCAAAAUACACCUAAAAAACCUCGUAUCUGAAAUAAGGAUUAAUAUUCCCACAAAGGGUAUUGCAUUCAUCUAAGAUUUUUUCCAAUACAGCCUAACACAGUUCCUGACCAAACUGCAUGUGAAUUUGUGUUGUUAGCGAGGAUUAGGUGUAUUGCUGUCUGCACUGGUGCUUGCAGUUCAUGGCCAGUGGCACUGGGAAUGAAACUCUGGCCUUUUCUGCUGAAGCGAGCUGUUUCGUGGAAUCCCGGUGGCGAGUUCACGAUGGCACUGGGCUGAAGUACUGUAUAUUUAUAGAGGACUUCAGUAGAGAUGCUUUACUGAGCCUUAAAACCCAUUGGUGCAUAGGCAGUUUGUAUUUAACAAUAAUACUUGUGCUUCGGGCCACUGGGGUUUGUGAAUGAAAGUAAGAGUGUUUAAGGGGGAAGGGAAGCACUCAGGAAUUUUGACUUGCAUUGUUUUCUUGAUUGACUCCUGUAUUUAGGGACAGAGCAGAAGCUGGUCUUGCUUCUCUACUAGUAAUACUGGAGUCUUAGCCUAAUCACAGAUAAGUAUGCUAAAGAAUAGACUUCUCAUCAUGAAAGCAAAGAAAUACUUACUAACGUUGCCUGUACUGAUUCUAGCAAAUGGAAAUGCAGGCAGUCAUCAAAUUACCUUUUAUCUUGUUCACCGUUGUGAUUGUACAACUCAGUGUUUUUUAUUUAUUUUUUUUUUCCCCCAACAACGGAAGUCACAAUAGCCACGGUCUCAAUUCAUCAUUGUGCAGGAUGAUUGUAUCUUUAACACUGAGAAUCUGUCAUUAUGCAUGCCGAAUAAAUAAGCGAAUGUGUUUAUUAUGAACAGUUAAAAUUCUGCAGUUUUAUUGUUAAGACAUAAUUUAAUAUUGUAUUAAUUAAGAAAGACCCUUCAAAGUUUUAUAUACAGUAUUAUCACUUAGAAGGAGCUUUACAAAAAUUACAGGGAUUUUUUCCUGGUUUAAUCUCAGUUAUUCCUUUCUGGAUUCUUUGAAACGUCUAAGCCCUCCCCUCUGCCCUGCCCCUCCUCCCCCUGCCCAAAGGUGUAUUUCAAAGUGUAUUUACUGAAGCAAUUCCGUUAUCUGUUUGCUCUUUUUGAAGGCAUGCAAGGGUGCUCUAAGGAACACAAGGUGACAUGUCCUGUCACCAGUGCUGGAUUUCAGUCAGGUUUGUCCUCCAUGUUUCUGGGAGAGGAGACCCACUACCUAAUCCUUAGUGCAGUGCUUAGCCUCACUGGCUAGGCAGAUCAGAUCCAGAAGCUUUCAAAUACAUUUUGCUGUCAUAAUCAGCCUUUCAAUUGCCUGUGUGGCCUGGGCAGGCUGUUUUAUUCAUUUAUUCAUGGCGAACACUUUUAUAAAAUAGUAGUGUCUUUACCUCAGUGACACCCUCACAGAAAGGGCAAAUUGAUUUCCUGCCUGGGCUGGGAAAAUACCAGGACCUCCUUGUAAGACUGGCUUGAAAGCAGCCAACUCCUUAUUAAUAAGGACAAUUACAUGAAUAUUUAAAUGCACAGCAGGAUAUUUUUCUGCUCAGAAAAAGGUAUUUACUGAAGCAGUGAUUACAGGCUGAACAGCACAUUUUUAGAUUUGUAGUUACCCCUUUUGAACAGAUUCUUGGGUGAAUUAAUAUAUUUUAUAGCCUUCCAUCGUGGAUUUGUAUAAUAUAAAUUAAACUAUGCUUUGCUAUAAUUAAAAGCUUGAUCCUCCAGUCUGAUUCUGUUGGCAGCAGCAGAAGAGAAAGCAGCAGGAUCUUGCUUGGCAGUUAUUGCACGACUUAAUGUAAAUCAGGAAACAUGUUAAGAAUUGCUCUGUCUUUUAAAAGUGUGUGGCAUAAAGUAACACAGCCUUUUCUGUUAUUUUUGUCCUUAUUUUAAUCUACACUGGUGUUUAAAUGUCGAGGUUUAGAUGUAAAUAACGAAUAUAUUUAUAGGUUUGUUUGAGAACUGAAAUUGAAGGCUCCCAAAAUAACAACAAAGUCUGUGGGAGAACUUGCUUCCCAGAUGUCCUCCGAAACAAGCACCCUUUCAUAAUUAUGCAUUUGUGUCUUAAAUCAGGUAAUUUUUUUAUGUAUACAUUUUAUUAAAUGGUUGAAAGAUGGAAUUGCAGUAUUGUUUACUCUGGAAUUAGAAAAAACUAUUAUGUGGAAUAUUGGGGCAUUUGACAAAAUGGACCAUAUUUUCCUUUAUCCUUCCAGUGUUUUGUUAAAAUGGUGGUUAUCUAUUUUUUUAAGCUUUUGAAAGUGUUGUAACCUGAAAAUACAAUGAAGUAACGUUCUUAAACUUUUUUUCUUGUCUCAUUGAAUGUACUGUAAUUGUUGCCUGUAAAUAAAUAGGAAAAUACCAGGGAUUAUAGAAGUCUUCAGGUUUAGAAAACAAUCAGAUUUAAAAUUUCCUUUAAUACUGAAGCAGGCAAACCCAACAGAGCUAUGUUACUGAUGAGGCGAACCUUGCCUUUUCUGUGUAGUGACUUCCAGGGUUUCUGACCCAGUAUCCUUGCCUUACUUGGAGUCCUGCAACAGAAUGUUUUCCCCCUGUUUUAAGUGUGUCACAACCAGGCUGUACUGGGUGGCCCCUCUCUACUUCUGUAGAAGACUUAGUUCCAAUCAGGGAGUAUUUUGUAUUGGCUUAUUUCCCUUCAGUUCUUGUCUUACCUUUUCUAAUUCUCUUGAAGUAGGCUUAACUCAUUUUGAAAUAUUGGAUAUUUCAGUUUUUGCCCUUAUCUUUGGGCACUUGUUCUAAAUUCAGUUUUAUAGUAUAUUGCACUGUUGAAAAAUCUCUUUUCUGGCCUCUUUAGCUUAAUUGCUUUGUUCCCCUCCCCCAAUUUAGUAACAUGACAUUUCUGACAAUUGCUGGUUGAUUGUGCUACUCUGUCCUCUUCAAGUGCUCCCUUAUAUUUGCAUUGUUACGGCACUCAGGUUCUCUUGCAGUGGUUGCCCAUAUCUGUCCGUCACUGUCAGUACCAAAAGGAAUCUGCUUAAAAUAAAGGCGACUUUCAACUGGUUCUCCAGCUUAUGCGAAACUCUGAUCCAUCACCAGUAAUACAUGUGUCCCAGUUGUUUGACAAUAAAAUGUUUGCUAGCCUUGCCAGAUAGUUUUGGAGUAAAUGUGAAAUCUGGGAUAAAUUAAUUUGGCAUUGAAUGCAAAAGCAACUUACUGACUUUAAUCAGUCGUGACCUUUUCUUAAAGUGAAUCAAUUUUUUGUCACCUUUUCAUAUGUACUACAUGUGCCUAUUCAAUUGUUAAUUUUUCCUUCUUCUGUAACUCUCUAAAUGCAGGUAUUUCCUUUACUCUUCUAUGUAAAGAAAAAUAACUGAUGCUAUUUUUAGGAGUAUUGCCUUUGUUUUGCCACGUUUUCAGUUGACUUCCUUUUCCUCGUGUUCUACAUGAUACUUAUUUUGACUUGUAGUGCAACCACGUUUUUUUUCCUCCUAAUGUUUUUCUUAUUCUUUGUGUCUUCAAUACAAGCAGUAUGGUUUUGCUAGCCUUCUGGUCAUGGUGAUGUAUCUAUAAUACAGUUUAGAAAUACCUCUUUUACACGCUCGUUUAAUUUUUGUACUCCAUUCAAAUUCACCCUGUGUUUUUGCUUUUUUGUUUUUGUGUUUUACUUUACCAUUGCAAACCACUUUUUGACCUUUUUCAGUUCUUCGUAUUCUUUCUCCUACUCAAUUACAAUGCUUACUCUCCUGAAUGCUCCCUUUUAUUCUCAACUUUGAAGGGAAUAUGCCAGCAUCCCAAUUUUCCCCAAAGUGAAGUUCACCAGCCAAGCUCUAUGGAUGGCUUGAUGUGAGCUGCUCCAAGGACUGUUUCAUGUCCUGUGGUCUGUGCAAAAGUAUUGUCCAAGUAGUCAUCCUGAGAUAUAAAUAUAUAGAUUUAUAUAUGCUUGAAUUCUUUCUAAACACUCCACCUGAACCAACUUUUUAAAGAAGGUUGGUGUCUUAACCCUGAGAAGGUAUAAUUAAAUCAAUAGGGUUCAUGAGUAAUUCAUUAACACUUCAAGGGAAAGCUUGGAUCACUAAUUGGAAAGCAGGUAAAAGGGACAUUUCUGAUAAGAUAAUCCAAACGCUAUGAAGGUUUGUAUAGGUUCUACUACUUACGCUGCUGUACAGUGGAAGCACUUUCUAUGUUAAAUACUUUAUUUGGGCAGCGAUACCUUGAUAUAAGGAUGUCACUGUAUAAGAUUGUUACAUUUAUGGAGUUGUGUUGCUUAAAAGUUUCCUCCACUUCUUCUGUUAAUUGUGUAAUUUAAAUAAUGUGCCAAAAUGUAAUUUCCAUGAUUGCUGAAUCAGUGAAUUGUAAAUCUCACUGCGGUUUUACUAACUAUUAGUGAAAAAAGACUUAAAAGUUUCAUGUACAGUUAUAUUCUUUAUUUUCCAAAGUGAAGUUUGAAUGUCUUGUAAAUAAAGUGUAUUUUUAAAUAAA